CAAUACUGAUUGUGAUUAGGUACUUUGCUUCAAGUUAUAGUUUAAAGUUAUAGCUGCAUUAUUUGCCGUUUUCGAUGCUAUCUAUCUAGUUAAAGCCGAUUGGUAUAAUCAUAAAAAAACUGCAAAAUGGGAGCCGUCUUGGGCCUUUGUUCGGCAGCGCAGCUCGCGUGCUGCUGCGGCAGCGCCGCGUGCUCACUGUGCUGCUCGGCGUGCCCCUCGUGCGCCAACUCCACCUCCACACGGCUCAUGUACACCCUGAUGUUGCUGCUGGUCAUGGUGGCCGCAUGCAUCACUCUGGCUCCUGGACUCAAAACAGAACUACAAAAAGUGCCUUUUUGUGCUAAUUCAACAGGAGUCGUACCGGCAAAUUUACAAGUAGAUUGUAAUAAUGCUGUUGGCUACCUUGCAGUUUAUAGAAUUUGUUUUGCGCUGUGCAUGUUCUUCAUUCUGAUGGCAUUGAUAAUGAUAGGUGUGAAGUCGUCCAAGGAUCCUCGUACUGGCAUACAAAAUGGUUUUUGGGGCAUCAAGUUCCUGGUGGUGAUCGGAGGUGUGAUCGGCGCGUUCUUCAUCCCCGAGGGCUCGUUCGCCUCCACGUGGAUGGUGUUCGGCAUGAUCGGUGGCUUCUGCUACAUCAUUAUACAACUCGUCUUGAUUAUUGAUUUUGCGCACUCAUGGGCGGAGAAAUGGGUCUCGAACUACGAGGAGUCGGAGUCGCGCGGGUGGUACGCGGCGCUGCUGCUCGCCAUGCUCACGUGCUUCACGCUCGCUCUCGCCGGCAUCGUGCUCUUGUUCCUCAACUUCACGCAGGCGCAGGAGGCCAGCUGCGGUCUGUCCAAGUUCUUCAUCUCGAUCAACCUGAUCCUGGUGGUGAUCGCGAGCGCGAUAUCCAUCCUGCCGGCGGUGCAGGAGCACAACCCGCACUCGGGCCUGCUGCAGUCCUCGGUCGUGUCGCUCUACGUCAUGUACCUCACCUGGUCGGCCUUGUCCAACUCGCCGGCUCCCUGCAACAGUCUCAUCGACCCUAACAAUGAUCGUAAAGAAGAUACUUACUGGGCGGCGUCGUUCGACAAGCAGGCCAUCAUCGGGAUGGUGAUCUGGGUGUGCAGCGUGCUGUACUCGUGCGUGCGCACCGCCUCCAACUCCUCCAAGAUCACCAUGUCCGAGCACAUCCUUGCCAAGGAAGGCACAGGGCAAGGAGGGCUCAUUGCUAACGAAGAGGGCGCGGGCGCGGACGGCGGCGAGGCCGGCCAGGCGAAGGUGUUCGACAACGAGGGCGACGGCGUGGCAUACAACUGGACCUUCUUCCACGUCGUGUUCGCGCUGGCCACCCUCUACUCCAUGAUGACGCUCACCAACUGGUUUAACCCGAGCUCGCAGCUCAUGAAAGUGAACGUGGCGUCCAUGUGGAUCAAGAUCUCCUCCUCGUGGCUCUGUGUCGGGAUCUAUAUAUGGACCAUGGUCGCGCCGGCUAUGUUCCCAGAUCGCGACUUCAGUUAAACUCCACCUAUUUGUAAUAUAUACUUAUAUGUUCUUAUUAUUUGAACGGUUACAAAUGCUAUUGAGAUGAAUACUUAUUUAGGGAUCUCAUCAACCAAACAAUAUUGCAAAUCCAAAAGCGUACAACUAACUUUAUUUCAUUAUGGGUUAUGUAAAAAACACAUCCAUAUUUUGUUUUUUUUUUAGUGUUAAAAGUAGGUACAUGGUACAUUGUGUAUUUACAAUAAAGAUUAAUUGAUAGUAAAUUGGAUAACUAAGAAGUCAGAAAGUGGCAACAAGUGUUCGGUGGCUCUAGAUUGAAAAUUUCUUGAAUGCCUGUUACAGAUAAUGUUUUUCACAGCGUGAAGAUUUUUCAGCCAAAUAAACAAUCACUUACGAUAAUAUAUGCCCCACGGUCGCCACGAUCUUGCACACAGCUGAACUGACAUACCAUAAACUUUAGAUACUUACUUAUUACCAGCAAUUUAUAUCACACAUGUAAAAUAUUAUUUGUCUAUAGUAUUACGAGUUGUAAUUUCCGGAAACCCGUGUUAUUCACUUUACAACUACCUAUUCGUAUUUUAGACAUACUUGUUCAUUUUCAUAUUAAUAUAAAGGCAUGUGUUCAGUUUGUGAUUGCGUUGGUUAGCGAGCAAUUCGUGAAAGGGAGAAGGGAAGCCGCUACAAAUGUUAGUAUGCGUAACUAUUUACUUUGUUAAGCUUUUUGUGGCCAGACUGCACGUCGGAUAGAUCAUGGCAAAUGCGACUUACGUGCUUUCUUCGCGUUUGAUUUUAGGUAGAUGCUGUUUAAUUUGGGAGGAGACGCAUUCGAUUUUCACAUAUUAUUAGGCUAUAAUAUCUAAUCAAUUUACUCCCAUUUAAAUUUAAUCUCGAUUUAAUACUUGUAGUACUAGCUAAAUGUUUGAAGUUCUGUGCUAUCCUAGUCACCUAAACUAUUUAAAUAAAACUCUGUAUCUAC